AUGCAAGGCAGAGAUAUGAAGCUAUCCCUCUCCACCUUCCUACCACCACUCUUCUCCUCGACAAUAGCUCCUCUUCCUCAGAGAUGGGUGCCCCCCCAGAUGAACCUUACCCUCCUCAACACCACCAUCCUUAACAGCACCGAAGUCCAGGAGUUCCGCUACUCCUUCCCGGUUACUGUAUUCUUCUGUCUCGCCUACACCUCUGUCUUCAUCAUAGGUGUCAUCGGAAACGUCUUGGUAGUAUCAGUAGUCUUAAGGACUCCUCGGAUGCGAUCUCCCACAAACCUUUUCAUCGCCAACCUCGCCUUGGCUGAUCUUCUGGUUGAAGGAUAUGUGUUCAUAUCUUCCAAUAAUGAUGAUCUUUUUCCUAAUUUAUCACCAAAGUUCAUUCAUCCAUCUUGA